AUGUAUUCAAUCUUUGAAUAUGAAUAUGGAGUACCUGCUAAAUUGCUAUUAAGUUCAAGUAGAUUAAUACAAUUCAAUAACCCAAAUAAUGUCAGAUUAGCAGAAAUAGUUGGUUUCAUUAUCACAAUUGCCGCUAGUGCAUUGAAUUUAAUGACAACGAACCCUGCAUUGCAUCCACAAAGGAACAAGACAGUGAGUCAACGUCCAACAACAAGACCAUAA